CAGGCUGCGAUAUACUCGUCCAUCAAGUCUCUUGAAAACCUUCCGUUGGAGAUUUGUGAUGAUCCUUUGCAAAGUAUAGAAGAAAUCGCCUUGAAAAUCUUUGCUAACUCGAUUGUCAGCGACCUCCUUAUUCGCACAUCUCGCCUUGACGUCUUUUCAAAAGAGCUGGCAAAAUCAUUCAGCGAUGAUCUGGAGUCCCUCUUGAUGGUCAGGAAACUAAAGUAUUUCUACAACCAACCAACUGGUGCAGUUUUACAGCAACUUGCCAGUCUUGUGCAAAGGUAUGUAAAUAAAUCCAUUUUCCUUUUGUCAUUCCUUAAUUUUGUUCUAGACGAGAAAGAAAAAACCACAAAUUCGAAGAAUGGUGAACAAAAUUCGAUAACCAACACAAGCCUCGGCCUUCUUCGCUUGUGGCACUCUAAUUAGUUUAGUUAAGUCAGCUACAUAAGUUUUAAAAGUAAAUAUGUUCUAUAUAUGAUUUUAUUCAAAUUCGUUUUGAAUCUAGGGGACAGAAUAAGGAAAUUAAAUUUAUCUGACUGCAAUUCGAUACAUCAAAACGGAGGUUUAGAAAUUUGUUUAGAGGUAAUAUUAGGUAUUUCUGUCACACCCUUUCCAAGGAAACAAACGAAGAAAUAUGAAGGUGUCGAUCAGUCUAUGAUUAAAUAUUUUUUAAGCAAUGAAAUCGUUUCAAGAAACCCAUUGUAUUACAAUACUUUUAAUCUAAAAGUUAAGACAAUUUCAUGCAUGCCUUGGGAAAAUCGUUCCUUCCUUUUUGUUGGCAGAUCUUCAAGUAAUACUGUGGUCACUUCUAAAUGGAAUGAGAUGGUUAAGAUGUUCAUAGACGAUAAGACAUUGCGAACCAUGCCUUUGUGCCGUUUUCUUCAAGAGACAGACUGCCCGGAAUGUUACUUGGAGAACGCUGAACAUCUUGAGAAGUUUGACCCACACGGCCUCUACCCGACGUCCAUUUAUGGAAGAUGCGAAGGAGACGUCCUGGCCAAAUCAGAUGCAUCCCUUGUCGCCUGCACUAGUAAAUAUACACUGACGACAACUGCUAAGAUAGUUUACGAGGUGUUGAGCCCGUCCAACCCCGAGCUUAGAAACGUGUAUCAGUCCAUUGGAAGGUUUGUUACUUAGUCCAUGUUAUGCGUUAUAAAUACGCCAUUAAUUAAGUUUACUCUACCUUAUAAUAUUUGUUGUCUUACUGUUUUGUUGUCAUUGGUUUUUACUAGGUGUGUGGCAGUAGUUGACAAAAAUGUGGAAAAGAUCUAUGGCGCGGCUCUACAGACUUAUUUCGAUGAGUUCUCUAUUGAGCUAAAGAAGCUUGUCCUUUCCGCAGAGGAAAUCGACAAAGACAUAGCCACUGUGCAGAGUACUUUGGUACUGUUAAAGAAGCUUGGCGUAAGAAGAAACGAGCCUAUUUUAGUGGUCGGUAAUGGUGUAUUACACGACGUUAUUGCCUGUGCUGCCUCUCUGUACCAUCGUAAUACACCCUACAUCAUGGUGUCUACAAGUGUUGUGGCGGCCAUCGAUGCAGGCUUGUCACCUCGCACUGGGUGCGAUGGAUUCGGCUUCAAAAACCUCUUCGGUUCGUUUCACCCCCCUGUCCUGGCGCUGACUGAUAGAAGCUUCUUUCGAACCCUUCAUCGUGGCUGCUUGCGCCAUGGCAUUGCCGAAAUUGUCAAGAUGGCGAUAGUUAAGGAUGAAGAACUCUUCUGCCUUCUCGAGCAGGAGACCUCCACUCUUCUGUGGACCAAAUUUGGCACUGAGAUGGAAGAUUUCAGAGGAGAUAAAAAAGCCUUUGAAGAUGUUUGUGACCUGAUUAUUGGCAAAGCUCUUGAAGAGUACGUAGAUUAGAUCUAUGAGAUUGUUUAAGUAAGAAGUUGUAUUAUAAAAUAGCUAGCAGAGCCGCGCAAUCAAAUUCAGUAUACGUAAGCGUGCUCAAAAUCUCGAUAGUGCACGCUGAUAGCGUGAGCAAAUCGCUUCGCCAGAAAUUUUUUUUUUCGCGCGAGCGGCCAUUGUUAGCGCGGGGAAAAAGAAUAUAUUUCGCGACAAUAGUGGAUACAAACAGAGGCUCGGCCCAACAGUCCCAAAACGAAGACAAUUUUCCGACCUUUUCCCUUAGGGCUAGAGUUCUUAAAUGAGGCAGAAAAAGAGAAAAACAACGGAAAAGGAGACUCCGCGAACAAUCACUUCUGAUAUUGUUGUCCGUUUUUCGUGUCGGAUUUGAUGCACAACUCCACCGGCCAUGUUAUAAAAAAUUGGUUCAUGCACUCAAGAAGCUAGAGUUGCCCUCGGCUAUUGCCUCAGGCAACUCUUACGCUUCUUUCGUGCUCUCCAAACGUGCUCCAUAACUCGAUAGUGCACGCUAAAGCAUGAACCAAUUGUUAAGUAGUAUCGUGGCUUUAGAAUCAAGUCAGCAGAAUAGCGCGAUUGAUCUGAUACUUUUAGUUUGGAGCCUUUAAUUGAGAUAUCAAGUCAGAGAAAAAAUCCUCAGAGUAAGGACGGAAAUAGGCAACGAACUCAAACGAACUGUGAAGCUCGGUGUCCGUUGGCUUGUGCAAACUCUUGGUCAGUGGAGUUAAGAGAAAAAGUAGGCGCGCGAAAUUUACCGUCACUGUUGUUCCCCUUAGUUCUCCCGCGUCUUAUCUUCGGAUCGCCUUGCUUUUUCGCUUGUUCGUGCAGAAUUUGUGAAAGUUUUUCCAUCUUUUAACUACUCGAAAUGUAACAAAUCUCUUAGGUUCCUUAAUGAAAUCCCUUGCGAUCCUGAAAUUUUGAGGAGAGAAAUAUUUCGAUCAGUUGGUGAGGCUUAAAUGGAACUAUUCACAUUUCCCUUGAUUCUUAAAAAAUGUCGUCUUUUGUAACUUUCUUUUUGGCUUGAAAGUGCAAUUAAGAUGACAAAUUGAAAGGCGGUUUUUCUAUCCCUAAAAGUUUCACUCUUGAAUAAUUUAUUACUUAGUUCCUCUCAUUGUAUGUUGUCCUAAUUUUCACUUUUUCGUUCAUUCUAAUUUUAGUUACAUGAGAUCGGAAUACAGCAACAUGUUUGAAACGCACCAAUGUCGACCGCACGCGUAUGGACACACAUGGAGCCCUGGGUACGAGCUCCCUGCAGGAAUGCUGCACGGUCAUGCUGUAUCCACUGGGAUGGGUUUUGGCGCUUACCUUUCCUUCUGUAAAGGCUGGAUCACACAAUAUGAGCUGGAUCGAAUUUUAAAGCUUCUCAGCGACCUUGAAUUGGCUCUGUGGCAUCCCAUAAUGGAGAAUACAAAGCUCGUGUACAAAGGCCAAGAAACCAUGAUUGAGAAACGUGCCGGUAAUUUGGCCGCACCUGUCCCUAAAGGGCUUGGAAAGUGCGGCUACAUUAACAACAUGCCUUAUGACCUCCUUCAAAAGCGCCUUCGAGAAUAUCAGCAGAUUACCCAGCAUUGCCCCCGGCAAGGGAUGGGAAUUGAGGUCCAUUGUGAGGAUAUUGGGAUUAAGUGCCCAACUCCUAUUGUAAACAACAACAACAACAACGACGACGACGGAGAAGUCCCAGUGGGUACAGGGACGAACGGUUUCCAUUGCAAUGGAGACGCAAAGAAGUACGGGAAAAGCUUCGCUUCUCAGGUACCCUUGGAAUGGCGGGAGAAAAAUACCAACAGCCGACCUGUUAAAUCACUCAGGUAG